AUGUUUCGCUUUGGACGAUUCGACAUGGGUGAUGCGUCCUCUCCAUCCAUCGAGGGCGACCAGCAGCAGCAGCAACAACAACAGGACGGCGCUAGCAGCAACAGCAGCAGCAGCAAUAGCAACAAGUCAACCAGUUUCUUACAACGAAUGGCCAGUGCAGACACGUUGCUUCGAUCAUCAGCGCCUCUCAUGAAACGGCCUAGCUUUUCCAGUCUUCAAAACAGCUUCUCUUCAUCGUCAGGCUCAUCGAUAGCUUCCUCGUUUUCAAUACCAGUACCUACCAACUCGUGGGGCAUGUUAGCAUUAUCACGUCUUCGGGCAGCAGACGACGGCGAAUUUGAUGAUGUUAUUGAUCUUCUUCUCACACGCGACAAGGCCGUGUUAUUGUUACCAGUAUCCCAACCAUCGCAUCCAUCCGCUAUCAUCGAUCGUGAAUUCAUCCAAGAUCAUGUCAUUUUGUAUCAAGCAAGCAACGACAUGUCGCAAGUCAUUUCCCUGAGUGGCAUACGAGGCACAUUUCAAAGUGACCAAUUCGUUGCUUUGGGUCUCUUGCCAUCCGAACGAGAAAUAUCAUCCAUCAUUUCAGGAUCUUCAAGCAAAAAGUCUUUAUUUGACACAUUCAGCUUGGAUCCUUCAUCCAUACCAUUGGAUUGUCCUAAGUACAACAUCCUUCACAGCCAUGUUCAGUUACCACUCAAAGACGACAAGAUCAUCUCUGCCAUGCUUAUCCAAAAGCCUAUAUCAAAAAAUGACGUUGUGGAUUGGGAGGCAGCUCGCAAGAACAACCCAGGUGAACAUGCAUCCAAUAUCGCUUCGAGUAAUUCCAAUAUUGAGAAUGAUCGGCGAGUCAAAGACUUUAUCAAGAGUUAUCGAAAGCGACCACCAAGAAAUUUGGACCAAGCCAGCAAUCAUGUGCUUGACUUUUUGGAUGAUAUGGCUGCAAGGAAGAAUAAUGACGAGUAUAUGGAUGCAUUGGAGUGCCACGUGUGCUACGAGUUAUAUGAUUGCUUAUUCUCAACGCCUGGUGGAGAUGAAACAUUGCAGGAUGAAGCACUUGAAUCACGAAUUGCAGCACUGAACUUACUCGACUUGAACCUUUCUCAUUUGGGUAUCAUUGUGGAGGAUGAAUCGGAUGUCAAUGAUAUCAAUGUGGUCGUCAAGGAUGCCGGCUUGCAGCUUCAGCAGCUAAACUCAAUCCCAGAUGCCAAGGGAAAACUUGAAGGACUUGUCAAGACACACCAAAUCAUCGUUGAGGCUAUUGAAGGAUUUGCAGAGAAAUACCGACAAGCUAAAUUGGACACGGAUUUGGAAGUUGUGCAAGAAAUGAAGCAUGCCAUGUCAGCUGCUAACGAAGAGGAAAAGGCCAUGAGCCGGAAGCCAUCUGCAACAGGAAGCAGCAGUAUCCUUGGUGAUAGCAGCAGCAACAACAACAACGACGAUGACCAUGGUCCAUUGACAAUGAAUGAAGAGGAUGAACCUAAGGAAGAUGAUGAGGAUCAGGAAAAGGUCAAAGGAGAUGAGGAGAAGGAUCAGCAAAACGCUUCUGUUGAAAGCCCAGCUUUAUCCGAUGGAGGACAAACACUUGGAUCUGCCAGCGCCGAUGUCUUACUGCCACUCCUUAUCUUCACCAUUGUCAAAUCCAACCCAACCAACUUUUUGUCCAAUCUUCGAUUUAUUCAUCGAUUUCGGCGACCAUCAAGGAUAUCAGGACAAGAAAGUUAUUGUUUGACAAACAUGAUGGCAGCUGUAUCAUUUUUGGAAACGACAAAUCUAGUUGGUCUUGGUCUAUCAGCAGACAAAGUUUUAAGCCAUGUCACUGAUUUGAACAGCAGCAAAGAGAUGAGCGGUCGUAUAUCACCCCCUGCACCACCAACCCCACCAAAGACAACGCCUGCACCACCAGAACCUCCACGUAGUAGCAGUGUUGAUGCAGCAGCUGGAUUGAAACUCAUGUCGGAUAUGGUGGAUAGCUCUUACAAGAUGUUUGAUGGGCUUGGACGGUUAUGGCAACGUGACGCAGGGAAACCACCGACUAAAGCGGGAUUAACGCCAACCACUGAUACCACUGCUGCUACUGCCGCUAGUCGGGGCCGAGCUUCAACCGUGACAGAAAGUGAACUCAAGGAUAUGCCUAGUAAUGGAAGUGGUGGUAUACGUGGUGCAUUGAGCCCUAGCAGUAGUAGCAGCACCGAUGGUGGAGGUGGUGGUGGUGGUGGUGCCACACGUACAUUAUCAAGACGACCUGAUGCAUUACAUGCAUUAUUGCAAGCACCUUCACAAUUGAUUCAUUCCGUUGGGAACCCACGAGGGCAGCAACAACAAUCCAUCAACAAGGCGGAAGGACCAAUGCAAAAGUUUCUCGAUAAAAAAUCAGUGGAGGAUCUCAAGAUUGGUGAAGUAGCUGAGCUAUUGGCGGAUUACAAGCGAUUGGCGGCAAUGAUGAAGCAAGCAGGUCUUUGCUGA